AUGAGCUCAACCUCAGAGAAGCACCAGAGUAGUAAAACCUUCCUGAGAAGAACCAGAAGAACCAACUCGAGAAGACGGCUCCAUGCACGUUCUUAUAGAGAUCGGAGAAACUGCUUCAACAAUGGUGGGCGGACAUGCUCCGAAAUCUCAGCCAAGUUGGAGGCCCUCAAGAACCUUAUUCCAGUAGGCAGUAAUGGCGCCGAGAUAAUAAAACCAGACCAGCUGUUCCAAGAAACCGCAGAAUACAUCCUUCUCUUGAGAACCCAGGUCGUGAUGUUGCAGAGACUCCUUGAGUUUUAUGGGUCUAGUGGGAGGGAGACUGUUGUACUAUAG